UAGGACAACAAACCCCACUCCUCUUUCCUGAAUCACGGGAUUUCCGUUUCCGCGUAGUAAAGCUGUUCUGCUUCUGACUGAGUUUCACCCUGUUUCUCGUUUUGUUUUCAAAAAGCAAAACGUCAAACUCAAUGAAAUUAAGUUUGCGUGAAAGAAAGUGAGCAGUGAUUUGAUCCAUGAUGAGCGGCACUGCUGUCGAAACUGCUACGAUACCGGAAGACAUCUCAGGCCAAAUGUUAGAGCUGGACGAGGACGAAGACUUGGAAGUUUUUAGUAAGGAUGCAACCUUCACAGAUGUAAGCUCCUUCAGUGUGUCAUUGCCGACAUCUCCUGGAUCUAUGGUCAAUCAGUACAGAUUUGACGAGGAGGAAGAUGUACCUGACACUAAGGACAUCUUCAUCACAGUUGAUAAUCCUGAGAGUCAUGUGACAACCAUUGAGACAUUUAUUACAUACAGGGUUGUGACUAAGACUACACGUGGUGAGUUUGACUCAAGUGAGUAUGAAGUCCGCAGGCGCUACCAGGACUUCCUUUGGUUAAAAAGCAAACUGGAGGAGGGUCAUCCAACUCUUAUUGUUCAUCCCCUACCAGAGAAAUUUGUUAUGAAGGGAAUGGUGGAAAGGUUCACUAAUGACUUCAUCGAGACAAGGAAAAAAGCACUACACCGGUUUCUCAACAGAAUAGCUGACCACCCCAUUCUCUCCAGCAGUGAAGAUUUCAAGAUCUUUCUUACUGCACAAGCCUGGGAGCUAGCAUCUCAUAAGAAGCAAGGUCCAGGUUUCUUAAGCAGGAUGGGGGAGACAGUGCGAGCCGUGGCUGCCACGGUCCGAGGGGUCAAAAAUCGGCCAGAGGAGUUCAAUGCCAUUCAGGACUAUGUGGAUAACUUCAGUGUGAAGCUGACCUCACUGGACAAAGUCACCCAGCGAAUCAUCAAAGAAAAAAGAGAGUACCUGGACGAAAUGAAGGAGUAUGGGCCCAUCUACACCUUGUGGUCUGGCUCAGAGGAGGAGCUGGUGGAGCCUUUGAAGCUCAUGGCGAGUUGCUUGGACAGGUGUUACAAGGAGACUGACGAGCAGAUCGAGCACCUCAGUAACAGCCUUCUCCCAACACUGCAUGAGUAUGUGCUCUGUGCAGACAACCUCAAGGCAGUACUGCGGAGACGAGACAACAUCCAAGCAGAGUUUGAGGCUAAGAACGAAGCUCUCGCCACUAAGAGGACGGAAAAGGAAGCAGAUUCUAAGGUGCUGAGUUUAGCAUGGGACAGCCUGGUGGGCAAAGACCCAGAGGAGGUCAAACAGCAGAAACAGCAGAAGCUUAAAGGAGAGAUUAAAGAGAUAAAGGAAGACAUUGAAAAGCUGGAAGACAGACUGGAAUGGGCCAAUAACGCACUGAAAGGGGACUGGAGCCGCUGGCAGAAGAGCAUGAGGGCUGACCUGAGAGCAAUCUUUACCCAAACAGCAGACAAGAAUGUGGAAUACUAUGAAAAGUGUCUGGCCGUGUGGGAGUCGUUCCUGCUGUCUCAGAGACCUGAGGCCAUGGAAGUGGGCAGAGAUGACUCUUAGUCCUUCAGAAGCUUUUAUCUAAACAGUGAAGACCAAAGACAAGUUUUUACCUUUACAAUCCAAGUGCUUGGAUUGUACAACAAAAUACCGCUGCCACAGAUGUCAGUACAAACAUAACUGUGCCUUAUCACCAGCCAAACCAAGGAUGAAGAUCUCUGUAGUAAACACAUUAUUUCCUACAAGAGAAAAGUAUGUCUCUGCAGCUCACAGAUCUGAAUAGGAUAGGACAAAUAUUUUGCCAAAUAAAUUUUUUUGGCUUAUCUUGUGGAAAAAAAAAGGAAGAGAUAAUAAAUGAACCUAACUAAAUUCAGUAGAAAUGGUUUAUGGCUUUAUUAUAUUUGGAUGCCGUUAGUCUCUGAAUUUAGUUCUAUAAUUAUUUGGUGCAUUUUGCUUUUAUUCAAAUCAUUGUCUAAUCUUCUUUGAAGUCUUUCAUCACCUGCUCACAAGCCAAUGAGAAAUUCAAUUGUAUAGCCCAAAAUAUACAAAACAGGUGCCUUUAAUGGCAUUACUUUGCACUAUGGAUUAUUUGAAACUAUUUUAGAAUUACUAGAUUAUGUCAUACGAGUUCUUAUUCAUCUUUCUCAUGCUCAUGUUUUACAACUAUGGAACCAUCUGAAAUGGUUCAUAUAAAUUAAAAUAUGUAAAUAUUUUAUAUACAAUUACUUUAUAUAUUAUGCAUCAGUUAUCAUUCACACAUAUUUGCAUAUUGUGUAAAUUGUGACAUAAGGCAUGUUUAAUAUGAGGUCCAUGGUGAUAAACUGUUGAAGGAAAUCAUUUAAUACAGCUAAACAUGGC